CGCGCAACCCGAUGCGGGACACUCGGACCAGCGAGCGCCGCAGACAGCCUGGCCUUCCCACCAGGAAGUGGCCGCGCCUCGCCCGCUGCUGAUUGGCCGCGGCGGGGAGCCCGGCCGAGCCUCAGAGGUCCAGCCUGCUCCGGAACCCCGGAGCCCCGCCUUUCUCUCUGGGGAGGAGCCUUACUGUAGCCACGCCCCCAGGCCCUGCUUAAGGGGAGGCUAUGAAAGCGCAGUGGGUUUGCGCUGCCCAGGUGAGCAACGGGCAGUGGUGUGCUUGAAACCCUCUUGCCAGCCUGCUCGGGGGGCCCUGCUGGGGAGGAUUCGAACCAGCUUCGGAUAUAUUAGGAAGGUGUGAUUCCCAAAGUCAAUUAUGAAGACAUUUGUCAUUGGAAUUGGUGGCGUGACAAAUGGAGGGAAGACAACACUGGCGAAGAACUUGCAGAAACACCUUCCCAAUUGCAGCGUAAUAUCUCAGGACGACUUCUUCAAGCCAGAGUCUGAAAUAGACAUAGAUGAAAAUGGCUUUUUACAGUAUGAUGUGCUUGAAGCACUUAACAUGGAAAAAAUGAUGUCAGCCGUUUCCUGUUGGAUGGAAAACCCAGGAAGCUCUGCGGGCCCAGCUGCCUUGGAAAGUGCUCAAGGGGUUCCCAUUUUAAUUAUUGAAGGUUUCCUUCUCUUUAAUUAUAAGCCUCUGGAUGCCAUAUGGAACAGGAGCUACUUCCUGACCGUUCCAUAUGAAGAAUGUAAGAGGAGGAGGAGUACCAGAGUAUAUGAGCCCCCAGACCCUCCUGGGUACUUUGAUGGCCACGUGUGGCCCAUGUACCUAAAGCACAGACAAGAGAUGAACUCCAUCACCUGGGACAUUGUUUACCUGGAUGGAACAAGGUCUGAAGAGGACCUCUUCUCUCAGGUGUAUGAAGAUGUCAAGCAAGAACUAGAGAAGCAAAAUGGGUUGUGAUAACACCACACAGAUGGAGUGCAGUAAGUUCCCAGGAUGGAUUUGGAAACCUGAAGGGAUAUUCUGGAGGACAUUGACAGGGAUGUAAUAUGUCCUGCAGGACAGUGACAGCUCGUCUGUAUGUUCAUUUUUAUCCCACCUUUCCCAACAUCCAGAGCCAUGUGUGCCCAUGCCAUCGGACAGGAACCUCUCCUGAAAGCAAGAAUGGCUUGGUCGCACUCUGCAGGAGGCAGCACACAAUUCAUGCACAAAGGGUCAGUUUCUCUAUAGGAACAAAAGCCAAAAGCUCCUGACUCUUACCUAGCACAAGGAGACCAUUGCCGUCUAGGCUGACAGUGGGUGCUCUGCUGGAUAUGUUUCUGCAUUUGUGUAUAUAGUUGUGGGUCCAAGUUUGUAUGUAUAUAUAUGUAUGUAUUUAUGUAUACAUACACUCAAACACUACAAAAUGAACUUUGCAUAAUACACAGAAUGUUUUCUUCCAGUUUUCAUUUUGUUCGUAUUGAUUAUAAUAUAUAAUUUGAAAAAUGGUCUCAUAGCAAAAUGCACCCCCACACACACCUGCAAGCAGCAGCAUUACCCAAAGUCAGGGUUUCACGUUGACCAAGUCAGCCGUUUGCUGCAGAGCCUGGAGACUUCGUGCUUGUAGCUACCGAUUCUCUUGUAUGUGUUGAAUACUGUGUGUCUCUGUGAGAUUUUUUUUGUAUCCAUAAAAGUAUUUGGUAUGUUUUACUUGGUUUUCUGAAACUAACACUCCGAAACACAGAAUCAUAUAGUUUCUUCAAUCAUAUAUAAAAUCAGGGCCUUUCUUAGAAAUGCACAGGCAGGAGAUGUGAAUUUGAGAAUUUCUUAAUGCCUCUUUCAGUGUGAGAAUUAAAAUUAUGAAUACAUCUAGAGCAGUCCUAAUUCAAAUAUGAAGGUUGUUUAUUAGUAAUAAAAAUAAUUGCCCGUGAUCUUCUUAAUCCAUACAAAAAUAUAUUGUUACAUUGCCUCA